CAUACGCGUCACGCAUCUCGCAGAAAGAAUAACAAUUAUUAUAAUCUAUUAAUUAUAAUCUCAACUAAGCUAUAUUUUUGUACAUAAAGUAGUGCGCGUUGCAAUUGCAGUCAAUACGGUUCUUUUGUACACACAGAAGAAUUGUUUGUUUAUCAAAGCCUCAAGCUAGUAUCACUGAUGGUGAAAAUACAAUUAGAAGUUAUAAAUAACUUCACAGUUUUUAGAAUUGUAAGCUCCACUGACUGAUAAUUUUGGCAGAUACAUUUAUAAACGUGUGCAUAAAUUCCAGCUCAAUUAUUUGAAAAUAAUUUAAAAGAGUGGAAUUUCAGAACGUCAAAAGUAUGAUAUACUAUUUAUGUAAUUCAAAGAACGCUUGUGUCAUUGCACCUAAGUAAAAUUCAGAAUUACUCUUGAAUUUAUUGGUGAUCAAUUCAAUGGGUUUAACCUAAAUUAAAAAUUUUAAUUAGAAAUUUUCCUCAUUUUUCAAAAAUCUUUUUAAUUAACAAACAAUGAGUGACAAAGUAAAAGUUGAAUUUAUCUAUGAGUUACCAUACUCAGAAAGAUUAGAAGUAUGCAGAUUUCUAAACCAAAAUAAUAAGUGGGAAGAACUUGCUGGUAAUUGUAUGCAAUUUACACAUACUGAAAUUGAACAAUUGAAAAGAGAAUCAAAUCCUGCCGAUGAAUUGCUCACUGCUUGGGGUCAUCUUAAUCACACAAUUUUGGAAUUAUUUGUGCUUUUAUCAAAAGUUCAUAAUUAUGAAGCAAUGAGACCGUUGAAAAAAUUUGUUGAUUCUAAAUACCAUCCAUUAAUAUUAAUUGGAGAAUCCAAUUUAUCUGCUUUUUUCAAUGGAAAAGUUCUAGAAAAUUUGAAACAAAAUAAUAAUAUAAUCAAAAAACUUAUUGACUUUUCUGAUGAGGUAAAUGAUAAUGAACAAAAUAAGAAUAAGAAUAUUAAUGAUUUGGUUUCUAAAGAGACUCCUCCUUGUAAACCUAAAGAAACUCCUCAUUGUACACCUAAAGAAACUCCUUAUUGUACACCUCAAGAAACUUCUAAAGAGACUCCAAAUUUGAAAAAAUCAAAUGAAGAAGACAAAAUUUUGAAUAUACCUAAAAAAAAUACCAAUGAAAGUAUUUUAAAUUCAAUGAAAGGGAAUUUAGACACACAUCUUCCUCGAAUUCCUUAUGAAGAACUAGCUAAAGCUACACAAAAUUGGAACCGAGGAAAUUUAUUAGGUAGUGGAGGAUUUGGUGUAGUUUUCAAAGGAAUAUGGAAAAAUACUGAAGUAGCUAUAAAAAAAAUAGAGCCAAAGGGAGCAGAUCUUGCAGAUAAAUAUGCUUUACAAUUAGAACAAUCUUUUAGAGAAAUAAAAAUUUUAAAUUCUUCUCCCCAUGAAAAUAUUUUACCACUCUAUGCAUACAGUUUGGAUGGCUUUUCUCCUUGCUUAGUUUAUCAAUUGAUGCAAAAUGGCUCUUUAGAAGACAGACUUCGAAGAAAAAAUGAUAGCACACCUCUAACUUGGAUACAAAGACGAGAAAUAGCUAAAGGAGUAGCUCGCGGAUUGCAAUACCUCCAUACAUUGCAUUCUAAUCCUCUAAUACAUGGAGAUAUUAAAAGUGCUAAUAUAUUGUUAGAUAAAAACAUGGAACCAAAAAUUGGCGACUUUGGUUUGGCAAGAGAAGGUUCAUCUGAUGAUUCAUUCAAAGUCAGUAAAGUACAAGGAACCAGGCCUUAUUUGCCGGAUGAUUAUAUUAUUAGGAAAAAUUUGUCUACUAAAAUUGACACAUAUAGUUUUGGUAUUGUCCUAUUUGAACUAGCAACAGGAUUAGCAGCUUAUGACGGUUCCAGACCUUCUAAUAAACUUUUAAAAGAAUAUAUUGAUAGUUUUACUAUAAAACGAUUAGAACUUAUUCAUGAUCAUAGAGCAGGAGAUAAACUAAGAGGUAUUGCUCACUAUUUAAUUAUACUUGGCAAAUGGUGCACUAAUAAAUCAGCUGAUGACCGACCUGAAAUGUCAGAAGUUUAUGCUAAGUUCAAAAGCUAAUCACAUUUGUAUAAAAUUAUUAAGACCUAUAGUAGACUAUAAGUAAUUCAUCUUUUAAACAUUGUUGAAUGUUCCUUUGAUGUUUAUUAUGAAUACAAAUUGAAAAUUGUAUCAAAUUGAUAAAUGUACAAUUUAUGACAGAUUAUGAUGUAUUUUGUAAAAUAUUACAUUUUAAUAAAAA